AUGGGACGAAGAACGCGGUUUGUCUGCAUCUCUGAUACCCACGGCUAUACGCCCUCUGAAGCAGGCUUCAAGCUCCCAGCAGGGGAUGUACUGAUCCAUGCCGGCGAUUUAUCGAAUAAUGGAACCAUAGGAGAGCUCCUGAAGACAAUGGAUUGGAUCUGCAAGGCCGACUUUGAAAUCAAAAUCAUAGUUGGUGGUAACCACGAUGUCUCAUUGGAUCCAACGUUCUACAGCGAGCACGGACAGAGCUCUCCCAGCCAGCAACUUCAAAAUUCCCAGCGCCUCUUAAAUCUCAUCAAAGAGUCACCUUCGGUCGUUUUGCUAAAUCACGAACCCGCCACGAUUCGCUUGACCCGCGCGAACGGACCCAACACGCUAUUCAAAGUAUUUGGCUCCCCAUACUCGCAAUUUCAAGGGAACUGGGCAUUUGGAUAUGAAUCAGGGGAUGCUGCUGCGCUUUGGAGUCAGAUACCAUUCGAUACGGACAUCGUCAUCACACAUACGCCACCACGAUCCCAUUGCGACCAAAAACCGAACGGAGUGUCCGUUGGGUGUGAUGCGCUUCGCGGUGCGUUGAGCCUCAUCAGACCGCACUUAGCCGUAUGUGGCCAUGUACAUGAAGGACGAGGGUACGAACGGGUCCGAUGGCAAGGCGAGCUUACCAACACAAUCACCAACCCCGGAAUACAGGCGCAUUCUGAUUUGGUUGAAAAUGUCACUCGAGGCAUUUUGCCCCCUGGGGGCAGUAAGAAACAGAGCCUGGUCGAUCUAACUGGCAAACGAGGUGAACGAUUAGACAACGAGGGAUUUUCGCGCCCUACUCCUAGGCAGCAUGAUUUGCUAGAGACGAUAGCGAUGGCACCGACCUCACCAGCGUCAGACUCAGACUCAGCUGUAGGAGGUCCAGAAAUGGCAAGUCCACAAAAUUCUCCGAGCACUCAUCCGAGCCUGGGCGCGGGUAGCCUUAACCCCAGUAUCCAUUUCAAUCACGCCUUGCAAACACUCAGAAAGGAAACCUGCAUUGUCAACGCCGCUAUCGUGGCCACAAGUUGGCCACAUCAAGGCGGCAAACGGUUCAAUUCGCCGAUUGUGGUCGAUCUUGAGCUGCCCGUGUGGCGCAACAACCACGCGGAUGCAAACAGAUGA